AUGUCGGAUCAAAGAAUCUUUACCAGGUAUAGAGCAAGUGAAAUUAGAACUGAUCUACAAAACAUUGAUAUAAAGAAAUUGAAAUCAAGCGCAACCAAAAGGAAAAAUGCCUUAAAGAAAAUAAUUGCUAAUAUAUCAUUGGGAAAUUAUGGCGAAAUGCUUGAACUACUCCCAGAAAUACUUUCAUUUUGGCAAAUUGAAGAUGAUUUUGAAGUGAAAAGAAUAUGCCAUGAAUACGCUAGAUCCUUAGGUUCAAUUAAACCAAAAAUUACUGAUGAUAUCCUACCCUUUGUGUUGCAGGACUUAAAAUCCAGGAAUGAACAUCUUCAAAUAAUGGCUCUUCGAACUCUAGUAUUCAUCCCAUCUGCAUCAUUUACAAACGAGGCUUUCAAAUUUAUUAUAUCUAUGGUAAAUCGCCGCAAUGCGUCAGAAGAAUUGACAAAAACGGCAUUAUUUGCACUAAUCCAAUUAGAUGAUUUGAAUCAUAAUAAAGUUACUGACCUUUUUAAUAUCAUACAUGAUACCAUUCAGCAAAGGUCGGAUAAUCCUAGUAUUCAGGUUGCAGCAUUACAUACACUUUACGCAAUCCAUGAAAAACAUACUGAUAUGAAACCUCUGCAAAUAACCGUUGAAUCCUGCUUUGAUUUAGUAGAGAGGUUAUCGGAACUAAAUGAAUGGGAUAAAGGUCUUUUACUAGAGGCUUUAACAACAGCUGUAGUUCCACAAACCCAUGCUGACUCAUACGACCUCAUUGAUAUUGUUCUACCUCAGCUUCAGCACGUAAAUACAUUUGUGGUUCUUAAUACCUUUAAAUUUGUUAUCUACCUGCUCAACUACGUUGAUAGCGUAAGCGAAAACAUUGUUAAGAGAUUAUCAAAUUCCAUCAUUGCACUUUUAAAUAAAGCUCCCGAGUUACAGUUUUUGGUGUUAAGAAACGUGAUCCUUCUGUUGUUAAGCAGAGAGAAACCGUUAUUGGAUUUAGACGUUUCUUAUUUCUUUGUUGAAUUUAAUGAUCCAAUAUAUAUAAAAGAUACAAAACUGGAAUGCCUUUAUUUACUUGCGAAUCAAGACACUUUAUCUCAAAUUUUAGAAGAAUUGGAACAAUAUGCAACUGAUAUUGACAUUCAAAUGUCGCGAAAGGCAAUACGAGCAAUCGGGAACCUAGCGGUGAAACUUGACGAAAAUGCAGCCACCGAUUGCUUUAAUCUCUUACUUCAUCUACUAGAAUUUGGAGUAGAUUAUGUGGUACAAGAGAUUAUAUCAGUCUUUAGGAAUAUACUAAGAAAAUACCCAGACAAAUUUAGGUCAAGCAUAAGGGAGAUAGUAAAGUAUACCGAUGCUGUUCAAGAACCGGAGUCAAAGAAUGCUAUGAUUUGGAUUGUCACGCAAUAUGCAGACUUUCUACCAGAUUAUAUUACUGUUUUUGAGAAACUUAAUUCAUCAUUUAUGGAGGACCCGUUAGAAGUGCAAUUCUCGAUAUUAAAUUCUAGUAUUAAACUUUUUAUGAAGUUUCCUACUCCUGAAACAAAACAGCUUAGUGGUGAUGUUCUUAGGACUUGUGUGGAUAUGGUGAAUAAUCCGGAUCUAAGGGCCAGGGCUUUGAUGUAUCAAAGACUAAUCCAAUUGGCUAAUUCACAAUACGGUCCAUAUGCAGCACUGGACAAUUCUUUGCAUGAAAUUGUAGAUUCUAACCUUCCCCUUAUCGAACUAAAUUCAAAACUGGAUCCGCUUGUACUUGAAGAACUAGCGUUGAAUAUAAGUUCUGUCACCUCCGUGUAUUUAAAACCAACUUCCCAAAUUUUUAGGCUGAACAGAACGAAAUUUUUACCCCAAAGUCCUGUUCUUUUAGCUGAUAAAAAUAAACUGACAAUUAAUGAUGGUCCUUCAUUUUCCAGAGAUCGUGCCGACUCAAAAGCUAAAUCGCUUCCUAAGAGAACUCCAACCAUGAGUGAUUACGAUAAACCUGCCGAGAAGGUGAACCAACUAAGAGGAAAAAUGAAGUCAAGCUCGUCUUCUCCAUCAAAGUUAGUUCGUAAACCAUCAAUGUUGAUGAAAAGAUUGUCAAUGAAGCGUCCGUUCUGA